GCAGAGGUGUGAUUUGACAUUUGAAUCUAACCUUCAAACUGAAAAAAUAAAUAAUGCACGUCUAAAAAUAUUAACAUUAUAGUAUUGCACAUAAUACGAAGUUGGCCUUUAUAUUUUUAACAAUCCAGCUUAAAAUCAGAUGAGAAUAUAGUGUUAUCUAUUCGAUAGCUAUGGCAAAUUCUUUAUUAUCAAAAUUUGGCUCAUUGAAGUUGGCCCCUAUUGGUGUGUACACACAAGCUUCCCGUAGCACCACAACUAAACAUUAUAUCCCCAAAUUCAAGAAACAUAGGGCAAUGAAAGUUUUUAAGUUUCCACUGCCAAAUUUUAAUGAAGAUUUUGAUUCAAUGUCGCGAGAGAAGAUGAGGCAGAAGAUGAAGGAAAAAGGUGUAUUGCCACCAAGACCUUGGGUGGAGAGACCGUUUUACCUUUCAGCCACAGGAGGUGUCUUUGAACCGUACGUCCCUCCAGAAGGAGACGGCAAAGCAUCCAUAGUGUCUGCCACUCGCGCCAAGCAAACUGUUGAAUUCCUGGGAAAGAAAUCCAAAUCUAUGAUGGCAAUGCGCAAGAUCAAAUCGUUUGAAGAGGACUUUGAUUCCAAAGAGUUUCUUCCUUUAGCGCAGGAUAUUUACGUGAAAGCGCAUGACUGUUUAGCUAACAAGGACCGACUGGGGUUGCGUACUUAUGUUACGGAGAAGGCGUACCCUGAGUUCAGGUACAACACGCAACUGAAGACGAUCCACUGGCGGUUUCUGGACUCGCUGGAGCCUCCGCGCGUAGUGCACGCUAGAUAUACUGACGUCGUUUCUAAAGAAAAUAUCUUUGCACAGCUAACAGUCCGUUUCCACACGCGCCAACAGCUCGCCGUGUACGACCGCUUCGGUCGCUUAAUCCACGGCAGUGAGAUCCUUGCUAAGGACGUGCUCGAGUACGUUGUAUUCGAGAAACAUCUGUCCAAUAUGUACGGCACUUGGCGGAUCCACGACAAAAUAAUACCCGACUGGGCUCCACCUAGAGAACCUUCCAAGCUGACCCUCGUGAAGCCAGAGCCAGAACCAGAGCCAGAGCCGCAAUCAGAGGAGGCGGAUACGCCCGCCAUAGCUGAUAAAUAGAUGUAUAUUUCUUAGUUACAUUGUAUAUUUUAUAAUACAUUAGGAAUUAAAUAGAUUGUUUUCAGUUUUGUGGUUUCUUACUCUCUUU